ACUUCAACUUCUUGUGGUGAUUCGCAACUUGAAGACCUUUAAAGAAGACAAUUAAAAUUGGCAAGAGAAAAAAAAUGGGCUAAAUCAUGCCAUCCAAGUGAUUUGGAAUGUUGAAGAUCAGAGGAAAACAGGGAGAAGUGAAUAUAGUAUUGAGGAUAGAUUCCGUCGAUAUUUUUACCAAGAUCUCGUUUCUCCGAUGGCGGUCUUUUUCCAAGUAUUGGAUGAUAAUGAUGGUGAUGAUAAUGAUGAUUAAGAAGAGGAAGAAGACUUGCUCUUCGUAGGAGAUGCAAAGAAGAAUGAAACCCGGACAAAAGGAAGAAGCAUUAUCUUCAUUAUAUUCGUUCAAGUACGGUCGAGUGUCACGUCGCUAACUGGCUUCAGGACGACUCUUCGAAUCCAAUCUUGUCUGGAAACAAGACAAUUGAUACCACUUUCAAAUUCUGUCCAUGCUUGAAAGGGACAUCUUGAACGCAGAGUGGGGCCAUCAACUUCGACACCAGCCAAUUUCUCAAGUGUCGUCGGCGUCUCCACCGAGCGCCUCUUAUCACUUAGGCACUCACACAAAAUUGAAUGGAUUUUAUGUGCUUGUUAUUUGAAAAAGCACGCAUCCAUAUGCUCCACCGCUCUUUUCGUUGCUCCCUCCAAACAGCAGAAUAUACGAAUAUGCGAUUGUGAGUAAAUGAGAGAUUCAGUCGCAUUUCGUUUUUCCAAUUACUCCCUACGGACCACCAGAAGUAUCUUUCACGCCUGGUCCGGAUCGUCCCCUCCGUCCAUGGGUGGAUCCGAGGCGAAAGAAACAAGCCAUUUUUUCGACAUGAAGACUUGGAAUGUAUAUACAAGUGGACUUGAUUGCUAGCAAGGAAGUGUGAGAAAAAUCACGUCAUUAGGUAGGUUGGAGUGCCAUAAAGUAAAUAUGUGAACUUGCAUCUCAUUCCAACGCCUGGCGAGAGGUGAAAAGUGCAAUGAAGCUAAUGGCGACUCUCCAUCGAAUCGAUCGAGGACUCAGAUCUGGAUGAAUGAAUCGCUCUUCCAUCCACACCCAAGACGAAACAAAACAAGAGGAAAAAAUCCUCGGAAUCGCGCUCCGGCCGAGUUUCAAGAUCACGUCCAUGGCACGACUCAUCCUUUCUGUGACAAACAUUAGCCCAUUUAGGGAAUCACUCUUUCAGACUCGUUGAGAUCGAAUAAACGUGGUGCCGUCGACUAACGAGUGACUGAAAAGCAAGAAGAGGCGCAAAGAAAGUGGUAGAUACUCAUCUUGAUCGCCACGCGAAAAUGUCAGCCGCGAUUUAUAGCCGCCAAAAUUCCAACAUUCGCUUCGCAACAAGUCCCAAUAGUGGAAAUAGUAAUCACAACAACACUAAUGCUGGCAGUGCUAACAGCAACAACAAUAACAAUGGCAGCUCCAGUAAUCUUUCGACUGUCGGGAGUUCCACUCAUGGACCACCCAUCUUGAACACAGCCGAGGAACGACACGGUCGGAUUCAGUUUCAUACCAACGGAUUGGCCAACUUAAGCGACGACGACGGCUCGUCUUUGAGCAGUUCUGCGGCUCCCAGUAGCCGCACUCAAAGUGCAGACAAUAGCGAUGCUGAGAACUCUAUCCUACUCAUGAAUAACGAAAGAAUCCAGCCUCUCCUCGAGAGAAGAUCAGUACCUCACCGCCCACUGUCUCAGGGCAUCAUGAGGAGGUCUACGAAAUUCCUGUCGCGAAAACGCCAUCUCACGCUGAGUGGCGGGGAUGAAGAUGCCCGAAUGGUGAUUCUUCGCAAGAAAAGUGCCAGUGACAAGACCAAGAACAAACGCCAACGACACACCCUGUUCAGUCCCGAGGUGAAUGGUAGCUCGACCAACACGAACGGUGUGGCCCCUGGGAACCUCAAUUAUGACAUCGAGGCUGUGAAGCUCGACCAUUCUCGACGAGCAUGGCCCAAUGGCACGGUUCAGCACCAUAAGAACCAACGAAGGCCGAGUAUUAGCUCGGAGGAAUCGAUGAGUGAUUGUGAAGAACUGGGACUCACUCACACGGGGUUCGAUGUCGGUCAUCCUCAUACACAAGGCAGCAGACGGGAGUCCUCCAGCAAAACUCUUUGGGAUGAGCAAGAAAUUAGUAUUUCACUUCGGAGCCAAGUCCUCGAGGAGUUCAACCGGGAAGAACUCCUACAAGCCAUAGAGGUUGACAGUGCCGUGGAUUUCGUCAAAUACUCUCAUGGCAUGCUCAUGCAAAGAGCCGGACCUCUGCUCCUUUUGGCCGUUUGGCGAGGAUCCUGGGCCAUCACCGUCAAUCUGCUUGAUCGAGGUGCCAGUCCCAAUGUUUCUGACUCCUUAGGACGCUCUUGCUUACAUUUGGCGGCUAUUAACGGCAAUCUCGACGUCAUGAGAACAUUACUAAAGGGCGGGGCCAAAGUGGAUGGCUUUGAUAAGCACCAUCUGGCUACCCCGUUAUUCUGUGCAGCCGUGGCAGAGAGCUCCGAAGGGCUGCGGCUUUUGCUGCAACACGGAGCCAAUAUUAAUGCAGGUCUCCAUGAAUCGGGAGCCAGUGCCUUGCAUUGUGCGGUUCGCGCUAAUAAUAUUGAGAAUGUUCAAGCCCUUUUGGAACUUGGAGCCAUUCCGAAUAGCGUUCAAUUGUUCAGUGAAACUCCGCUUCACACCGCAGCCUCCAUGGGUUAUGAAGAAUGCGUAAAGUUAUUGAUUGAUCAUGGCGCUUGUCUGGAAGUUCUAAUGGGCUCCAUGAAGAUGACAGCCCUUCAUUUGGCGGCCCAAGAUGGGAACACGGAGUCCGCACAAUUUCUCGUGAAAGGGGGCGCCAAUAUUGAUGCUCGCAAUGCUCGUGGUCAAUCGGCUCUCCAUCUGGCUGCCCUGGCUCAAUCGCCAGAAACUCUUGAACUUCUCCUCAAAUCUGGAGCCAAUCCAAAUAGUGAGGACCACGAUUGUCGGACGCCCCUGCACAGUGCCAUCGUCAAAGGAUCACGUUCAUACGAAUGCGUCAGGUUAUUUCUGGACGGAGGCGCUGACGUUAAUCACAAGGACCGGUUCGGCUAUUCACCUCUCCAUAUUGCCGCUUUGAACGAGUACUCUUAUUGCGCGAACAUGUUGUUGGCCUAUGGCGCAGAUAUCACGGCUCGAACCAAUGGCGGCGCCUCAGCCUUGUCCAUGAUUGUCAGAAAAAUCCCCAAUGUCCUGCCCAAGUUCGAGGACAUGCUUGAUCACGCCAUCACCUUGGCUGAACAUGACAUCAACGAUGUGGAUUGUGAGCUGAAGCUAGAUUUUCGGGUGCUCAUCCCGAACCAAUCCAAAGGCGAGAGCUCUAUGUUUAUCAACUUCAUCGAGAUUGGACACAACCACCUGCUGAAGCACCCGCUGUGCGAGAGCUUUUUGCAUCUGAAAUGGCUGAAAGUUCGGAAGUUCUUCUUCGUUUCCCUGAUCUUUCAUCUCCUUUUCACUUUCAUUCACACAGCCUUUGUGUUGAGUGUGUACACGGGCCAGUGCACCUUGAAAGAUAACUGCAAGUACCCAGUGAACGAGACGAAUUUCUCCAAGAUUGAGCGGAUUCCAAAGUGGGAAUCCAUCAGUGGAGACUGCUUCGAGCCGUAUCAGGAAUUCUGCUUGCUCUCUUGGGUUACACUUGUCGUUUGGGUGCUCUUGCUUUUGUCCACGAUGAUCUUGUUGGGCAAAGAGAUCUUCCAGCUCAUGCACUCACAGAAGCAGUACUUUUACAAUUGGGAGAACUGGGUCCAGCUGGGAAUCAUCAUCAAUGUCAUACUUAUCAGCUUCCACACCAAUCCCUUGCCCAGCCUCAAGGAUCACGUGGCUCUCGUUGGACGCUGGCAACAUCAUGCUGCCGCCGUAGGCGUGUUCUUGGUCUGGGGCGAGCUCAUGUUGAUGAUCGGGCGACUACCCACGUUUGGGAUCUAUGUUCAAAUGUUCACCACCGUGGCCAAAAACUUUGCCAAAUUCUUGGCCGCCUACUUCUGUCUGCUCGUGGCAUUUGCCUUGAGUUUUUGCGUUUUGUUUCCCAAUUACCAGAGCUUCAAUGUGAAUCCACCGGCAGCCAUUGUCAAGACGUUGGUAAUGAUGGCAGGAGAAAUCGAGUACGAAAAUUUCAUUUAUGAGAAUGGAGACGCUCUCUUCGACGUGACGGGCCACGUUAUGAUCAUGAUCUUUGUGGUCUUGGUCAGCAUCAUCCUGAUGAACCUUUUGGUCGGUCUAGCCGUCAGUGAUAUACAGGGCCUUCAAAAAUCUGCUGGUUUGGAUCGACUCGUACGACAAACUGAACUCAUAUCUCACAUUGAGAGCAUGCUGUUCUCUCGCCUCCUUCAUUUUAUGCCCUUGAGAUUCCUGGCUGCUCUCCACCAUGAGGCUUUGGUGGUCCCUUAUGGAUACAGCUGGACCUUUACAGUUAGACCCAAUGAUUUGAGAGAGGACAGGCUACCCCGAGACAUCACCGAGAGUGUUCACUGGCUUGUUUCCACAAGGCACAGGUCCAGAAAGAGGCGUCCCUUCAGCCGAUAUGCCGCCAGACAAAGAAUGACAUCCGUUUAUCGUGAAAAAUCGUUCAAUGUUCAUGGCGAUUCAACGAUGAUCGAAGAGAAACUGGACCAAGUUAAUGACCUCAAGACGCAAAUUAGAUGCCUCAUCAAUGACAACGAGGAGAUCAAAUUGAACCAGGAGGAGCUGAACUCUUCCAUGUUGACGAUUUCACAUCAAAUGUCUCUUCUGGCCGACGCCUUCGAUAGAUCGAGUGGGAAGGGUCGGACGGAUAUAUUUCGACGGGUCUCGCGUUUGUCAAGACGGUCGUUUAAACAACCAAUCAAAAGCCCAUUGACAAGCCAACCUUCAACUUCCCCUACCACUCCCAAAUCCCCCAACCCAAUCCUCCCUUUUCCUUUGAAGAGAAAGGCCUCUCUCGAGGGGAUCGUAAAGACGCUAACGAGUUUGGCUGUUUCCAUAUCAACAGAUGAUGUCAAAACCACCGUGAACAACGAAAUUGAGCAAAGGCUUCUCAGUGAAAGCGAUCGCCGAGGCAGUGGAUCAAGCCUUCCGGGGCGAUUGGUGGACAAGAAAUUAAAAAGAACCAAUUUAAUGAAGCGCCGCGAGUCCCAAGCGUUCCUAGAAGGGAUUCGCAAAAUUCGCGGCGUUCACAGCAAUGCCGACAGUGGGAAUAACAGCAAUGACAACACAUAGCUUCUAGCUUUCGAAGUAUUGGCUAUAAGAUGUAGGUUAUGCAUGACAUGUGUUUAUUCUUUAGCACUUGAAAUUUGUUUUUGCAGAAUGAAAUCAACGCAAAGAUUGCUUCCCACACCGA